CAGCGCCAGUUUUUGUUCGAUGAAGACGAGAUAUGUGAUAUGCUGAGUGGUGAUGCAGCAGGUAGUAAAAGUGUAAUAGGCAUAAAGUUCCGCUACAUAAUCGAGGAAGAAUUCGAUCUAAGUGAGAGGAUUUUCGAAGGAAUGUCUAAUCUUCAGUUCUUAAGAUUGGAUGGUGGCCCUAAUAAAUUGCAACUAUCUCGCGGUCUGAACUAUCUUUCUCGCAAACUUCAAUUACUAGAUUGGAAUUAUUUUCCCGAUGACAUGUUUGCCUUCUAUUGUGAACGUGGAGUUCCUUAUCGAACUAAACCUGAAGCACAGCAAGCUUGAAACGUUGUGGGAAGGAAUUAAACCGCUUCAAAAUCUGAGGCGGAUGGAUUUGAGUUAUUCUGUAAACUUGAAGGAGCUUCCUGAUCUCUCAACUGCCACUAAUCUUCGAAAUUUGAUUCUUUCGAGUUGCUCCAGUCUGAUCAGACUCCCUUCUUGUAUUGGGAAUGCCACCAGUCUCGAGGAUUUAUAUAUUAGUGGGUGCUCAAAUCUAUUGGAGCUCCCGCCUUCUAUUGGGAAUGCCAUUAAUCUCCAAAUACUGCUUCUUGUCGAUUUUGCUCAAAUCUAUUGGAGCUCCCGUCCUCUAUUGGGAAUGCCAUUAAACUCCGAACACUGGAUCUUCGUCGUUGCUCAAAUUUAUUGGAGCUCCCGCCUUCUAUUGGGAAUGCCACUAAUCUUGAAAGCCUGCUUCUUGAAGAUUGCUCAAGUCUGUUGGAACUUCCUCUUUCUAUUGGAAACCUUCAGAAGUUGCAGAAAUUGAUGUUAGAAGGAUCUUCCCAGCAACGUCAAUUUGAAAUCUUUGGGCAUACUUGCGCUCAAGAAUUGCUCGAUGGUGAAAAGGUUUCCGGAGAUCUCCACAAACGUUAGACUUCUCAAUCUCAGUGGAACCGCAAUAGAAGAAGUGCCUCCCUCGAUCAGGUCAUGGCCCCGUCUGCAUGACUUGCUGAUGUCAUACUUUGAAAACCUCAAGGAAUUCCCUCAUGCUCUUGACAGCAUCACACAUCUGGAAUUGAACGAUACAGAAAUACAAGAGGUUCCUCCAUGGAUCAAGAGAAUUUCUCGUCUUAGGACGCUCAUGCUCAAGGGGUGCAGGAAGGUGGUAUCACUCCCACAGAUUCCAGAAUCUUUAAAAGAGAUUGAUGCAGAAGAUUGUGAGUCCUUGGAGAUACUAGAUUGCACCUUCCACAAUCCAGAGAUUACUCUCAGAUUUGGUAAGUGCUUUAAACUGAAUCAAGAAGCAAGAGACCUCAUCAUCCAGAGUAGGCGAGCAGUCUUACCUGGUAGAGAAGUGCAUGCGUACUUCACUCACCGAGUGACUGGGGGUUCAUUGACAAUUAAGUUGAAUGAGAGGCCUCUUCCUAGAUACAUGAGAUUUAAGGCUUGCAUCUUGCUGGUUAAUAAUGGUGACUGUGAGGCUCCUGAUAGAGAUAAUAAAUGGUUACAUAUUUCUUUCGGUGUUAGGUCUAGAACAUCGGGAGAAUAUAUUUAUCCAUGCCUAACAGAGCAUCUGUACACAUUCGGAAUCGAAGCAAUUGUAACUUCCAGCGAGCUUGUCUUUGAGUUCAACGUCCGAGGCCGUAACGACUGGAAGAUAGGAGGAUGCGGGUUACGUUCGGAAGUUCUUCAUAUUGUUGAUGGACACGAAUGAGAGUCUGAGCGGUACAGACUGUUGUGGAUUUGAAGAAAAAAUAUAAAGAAUUCAGUUUAAAGAAAGAUAAAAUAUAAUUCUGUGCAACGCGUUAAGAAUU